AUGGCCCCUCCUUCGAAACAGUUUACGCACACUACAGGCGAAAGACGAUCGUCUGUAAUCCACUCUAGCGGCAUCAUAAAGGGUGGGAUCUUUGCGCCUGUAGACUACAUUCCACAAGAAGAAAAUGCCAUUGGAGACGUGGACUCCGACGACGGGGAAAACCGAUACGAAUCGCUUCUCGACUCCAACAACGCCUACACUUUACAAGGCGAAGGUCUAUCCUCUUAUGGCGCUACCAGCGACUCAAACAAUGGCGCUAGCAAGCGGAGCAGCUCACGAAACUCAUACUCGCGUGACUUGCUCGAAGAGGAGCGCGACCUCUUGCUGGACAACAAGCUCAUCAGUGACGAUGGCCCUCUGAACAGUGUCCCAGAGGAAGAAGAGGAACAGAUUCGCCAGACUUGGGAGGAUGCUCUCAACUCUGGUAAGAUCAUUAGCACCACUUACCGCAGAGAGUGCCAAGUGCUGAUGAAAAAUGCCUUCCCUCUAAUCUUCACAUUUGUCCUGCAGAAUUCUCUAUCGCUGGCCUCUGUUUUCACUACUUCACAUCUGGGGAUCAAAGAGCUUGGCGGAAUCACGUUAGGAUCUAUGACUGCCAACAUUACAGGCUUUGCUGCCAUUCAAGGGCUGUGCACAUGUCUUGACACUCUGUGUUCGCAGGCUUAUGGUGCCAAAAACUACCAUUUGGUUGGCAUUUUAUUACAGAGAUGCGCUCUCAUUACGAUUAUAUUUUUUACACCUAUUCUUUGCAUUUGGUGGCUUUGGUCAGAAGCUAUCCUUGCUGCUCUUAUACCCGAACGCGAGCUUUGCAGACUUGCGGCAAACUACUUAAAGGUUGUCGCCCUUGGUGUUCCAGGAUUUGUAUUCUUUGAGUGCGGUAAAAGAUUUUUGCAGUGCCAAGGCAUUUUCCAUGCCUCCACAAUUGUUCUUUUGUUCUGCGCUCCUUUCAAUGCUGUUAUGAAUUACAUGCUCGUACUUGACAAAAGGUUCGGUAUUGGGUACUUGGGGGCUCCUAUCAGCGUGGCAGUCAACUACUGGUUGAUGGCGUUGGGGCUGCUGCUCUACACUAUGUUUACGAAUCAUAAAAUAAACCCUCGCAAGUGUUGGAGUGGAACCAUCAAACCUAAUCAGAUUUUCAAAAACUGGAGAAAAAUGUUCAGCUUGGCCCUACCAGGUAUCGUGAUGGUUGAGGCAGAAUUUUUGGGGUUUGAAAUUUUGACUAUCUUUGCUUCACACCUGGGUACCCGCGAAUUGGGAGCACAGUCCAUUGUUUCUACAAUUGCUUCUUUGGCUUAUCAAGUCCCAUUCUCGAUCUCAAUAUCCACAAGUACCCGUGUUGCAAACUUCAUUGGAGCAUCUCUCUAUCAAAAUUGUAUUGCAACUUGCAAAGUCUCAUUACUAUUAUCUGCCGUUGCCAGCUGUUUCAACAUGACAAUUAUUUAUGCAUACAGGGUUCCACUAGCUAAUGCUUUUUCGAAAGAGCCUGAUGUCGUGAACUUGGUUGUGAGUGUUUUGCCUUUGCUUGCGUUCAUGCAAAUUUUUGAUGCUUUCAAUGCGUGCACUGCUGGCUGUCUGAGAGGCCAAGGUCAGCAAAAAAUUGGCGGUUAUAUAAACGUUUUGGCCUUCUACUGCGUUGGGAUCCCUAUGUCAUAUUUCUUGACUUUCAACUGCGGCUUGGGUAUGGCUGGUCUUUGGUACGGUAUCACAAGUGCCUUAGUGUUUAUGAGCAUUUUCCAGAGCUAUGCCGUCUUUUCUUGUAACUGGAAAGAAGCCAUACAGGCUGCUAAAUCAAGAAAUUCUGAAGGCAGUAGAGUUUGA